AUGUUUGUUUCUGUGCUGACCCUCGACAAAGUCGUCGAAUUAGCCGUACAUCUCCAAUUGAUUAUUGGAAGAAUUGAAAAGGCAAUAGACUACACGUGCAUCUUCACUGUCGGUUGCCCACGAGAGUGCACAGCUUGUAACCUUUGCCAUAAUUCCAAACUACAAGUGCUCGACGUGCUCUCUGGAAAAGCAAGAAAAGGGAAAUGUCCUGAACUCAUCAGCUGUGCCACCGAGUGCCUUGCGCAAAGCAACAACAUGUCGUCAAUCAGCCACUGUCUCCGUCGAAAGUGCGCCUUCUACUGCUUUAAUGGUUCUUGCCCGAAAUGCUCAUCUUUUGUUACAAAGCUGUUCAACCAGAUAUGCAUCUCUGGCUCACUCCGUGACAAAGUGGGAUUCCAGGGUCAAUGUCCGGAGUUGUUCAGUGCGAUCGUAUAUGCUAAAUUUCAAGAACAAUUCGACAGCGAGCAGACAAGGAAAUGA